CUUGUCUGCCCUUGUCUGCCGUCCUAAUAGUUUUUAUUAUCAUUGAACAUUGGCUGUAUUCUGCUUUCCUUCCACAAUUCAACACUCAACUUCCUCGGGUUCUUUGCUACAAUGCCGUUUCAACGGUCUGUCAACUACUCCUACCCAGAUGCCGUAGCGACGGCCAAACUCCGAGAAAGCUGUCGAGAAGGCGACCUGGCCCGAGUCCAAGAAUUGCUUCUCCGUAGCAAUCAAAGCGAUGGAUCAUGGACAUUAGCUCUGCGAGAUGCUGCGACGAAAAAUCACAUUGACAUCAUGCGGUUUCUCUUGGAUAGCAAAUGUGACAAUAGACUCGAGUGUGGUGGAAGAAGCACGAUCAGUCGAAGCAUUUACACUCGUGUUCGAGCAUGGAUUGGAUAUCCAUCAAAACCUGAGCUUGCGCCGUGUUUCCUUGAUGCAUGUCGUUCAAAAAGACGACUAAACCCUUCUCCGCUGGUUCCUGGCCCUAGGCGCAAACCCCAACUUCGGCCCGGACCCAGACCCAGAAAAGGAACACGACGACGACUCGGAUUACAUCGACACGUCCGGAGCCGUGCUGGAGCAAGCAGCCAAUAGUGCCAGCCCCUCCAUAGUCGACAUCUUCCUCGAGCACG